CUUCAUCGGCCUUCAUUGGUAACCCCCAUCCAAGCUGGCCCAGGUGUAUGCUAGUCCAGGAGAACAGCAAAGGCUCCAGUCUGUGACCAUAGAUCAUCAUUUAUGGUUGGCCCCAUGACUACUUCUCAUGACAAGCAACACUUCAGACAGCACAGCACACAGCCACAAAGGAUACUAGCUGUAUAAAGGGCAGAUGAUGCAUCCACCAUGGAUACAAGCAAGCAGGAAGCAGUAACCAAACCAGAACCUCAGUCUAGGGAUGAACAGCCAAGAAACUCAAUGCAACUGGGGUCUUAGUACAAGCUGAACAUGGGCAGGUGCGUGGGCCUCUAGCGGGCUUUGUCUGGGUAGGGAUUGGGUCUGAGACAAGGAGCAGGGCAGUAUUUGGAAAUGAAAAAGGAUCCCAGCGCACAUAGAGCAGCCCAGGCCACAUACAAGAGGUCAGUCACUUCCCUGGUGUGAGUGGCACUGUACAGUAAGCAUUGUGUUGACAAAGGGAAGGCUUUGGGCCUGUUUCCUAGUGAUACUACCCCAUGGCUCCUGACCAUGCAGCCUUAAGAGUCUGGUGCAUGGUCAACACAUGGGAUCCCCCUUCUAUCUGAUGUGUCUGGUGUGUCCUUGUGCCUGUGAGUCCAGCCUAGCUGUGGAGGCUCUGUGACUGCCAGGCCUGUCCUCCGCACACUUUGCCAUGUGAGGAGGGGGGCUGAGCUCUUCUGAGUGUGCAGCAGUGCAGGUGCAAGGGGAAGAUGCCCUGAAACACAGCUGUGUUCACUAUGGUGGGACCAACAUGCCUAUCUCUUCUUCCCUAGGACAUCAUUAACUCCAUGAGCAAUAGCCCUGCCACCAGCAAGCCCCCAGUGACGCUGAGGCUGGUGGUCCCGGCCAGCCAGUGUGGAUCCUUGAUUGGCAAAGGCGGCUCCAAGAUCAAGGAGAUCAGGGAGUCCACAGGUGCCCAAGUCCAGGUAGCCGGAGACAUGCUGCCCAACUCCACAGAGCGGGCAGUGACCAUCUCAGGGACGCCCGACGCCAUCAUCCAGUGCGUCAAGCAGAUCUGUGUGGUCAUGCUGGAGUCCCCACCGAAAGGUGCCACCAUUCCCUACCGCCCAAAGCCCGCCUCCACCCCUGUCAUUUUUGCAGGUGGUCAGGCCUACACGAUCCAGGGACAGUACGCCAUUCCUCAUCCGGAUCAGUUGACCAAGCUCCACCAGCUGGCCAUGCAGCAAACCCCCUUUCCUCCCCUCGGACAGACCAACCCCGCUUUCCCCGGAGAAAAGCUGCCUUUACACUCCUCCGAAGAAGCUCAAAAUCUGAUGGGCCAGUCGUCAGGUCUGGAUGCCAGCUCCCCGGCCAGCACUCAUGAGCUCACCAUUCCCAAUGAUUUAAUAGGCUGUAUAAUUGGGCGUCAAGGAACCAAGAUCAACGAAAUUCGUCAGAUGUCUGGAGCUCAGAUCAAGAUUGCCAACGCUACAGAAGGGUCGUCAGAGCGUCAGAUCACCAUCACGGGGACCCCGGCCAACAUCAGCCUCGCCCAGUAUCUCAUCAACGCCAGGCUGACGUCCGAGGUCACCGGGAUGGGCGCACUCUAACCCUGCCCAGGCCCCCCGGGAGCCCGUGGUCGGCGGCUCACGUGGCACAGCUGACGGGCCCUUCCUCGCGGAGCUGGGAGUGUUUCCUUCACUGGCAGAGGCGACCCUUGUACAGCUAGGCCGUGGCGCAGGGUCCGCGCUCCGCGUGAGUGUAGCCAUCUCCAUGCGUGGGCAUGCAGCUCUUUACUUUAGUGCUCCAACGUGCUCCCACCGUGACGUUUUAGAAGUUCCUUCCUCAGUGUCCAUGUGGCAGCUUUGAGUUGGUUUGAUGCUUUGGCACCACUUCCUGUGACUUGCCCCUUGUGCUCUGAGACCCUCCUCUCUCUCUUGUCCUGACUCAGUUUCCCCUAAAACCUGUGGUCUUGGCUCCUGUUUCCGCCCCUGGUCACACGCUGAAGUCAGGGUUGUUGGGGUUUUUGUUUUUGUUGUUGUUUUCCUGAAGCCUGUGGAGAGUGCCCAGGAGUGAAGGGCCCUGAGUAUCUGAAAGUAGGGUGGGUGCCAGCGUGCCAGCCAGCUUCACCAGGACAUCUCGUACGCCCUGGAGGGGCGGCAUCCGUGGCCCCCAGGCAUCUUCCAGGGCAGCUAGAGAUCCAGGACUUGCCAGGACGCCCAUCUAUGCUCGUCAGAAUUCAAUAAAUGUUGUG